AUGUCAUAUUUGAGGUCAACCAAAGACGGAGGGCCGGUCGUGUGCAACAGCUGUAACGGUGCUAUCCAGGGCAGAAUAGUGACAGCCCUGAACAAGAAGUGGCACCCAGAGCAUUUCACCUGCAACACCUGCCACAAGCCUAUAGAUGGGGCCAAGUUUCAUCAACACGACGGUGGCAUACACUGCGUCAUCUGUUACGCUAAAUAUCACAGCCCGAGAUGCCAUGGCUGUGGGGAUCCCAUCACUGAUCGUGUGAUCCAAGCUCUGGGUGUAUCGUGGCACGCUCACCACUUCGUGUGCGGUGGAUGUAAGAAGGAGCUCGGAGGUGGUGGCUUUAUGGAACAGGCCGGUCGUCCAUACUGCUCGUCCUGCUACGCGGACAAGUUUGCAGCGAGAUGUGCUGGCUGUGCUUCCCCUAUAGUGGACAAGGCGAUCAUCGCUCUCGACAACAAGUGGCAUCGCGACUGCUUCACUUGCACCAAAUGCCGGAACCCAGUGACCGACUCAACGUUCUCUGUGCUGGACAACAAGCCCCUGUGCGGGAAAUGCGCUUGA